CGCAGGGAGCCGGUUACUAGGUGCUGUCACCCACCCACUGGGGUAACUCCCUCCCCUGUAACCCAGCAGAGCAGCGCAGGGAGCCGGUUACUAGGUGCUGUCGCCCACCCACUGGGGUAACUCCCUCCCCUGUAACCCAGCAGAGCAGCGCAGGGAGCCGGUUACUAGGUGCUGUCGCCCACCCACUGGGGUAACUCCCUCCCCUGUAACCCAGCAGAGCAGCGCAGGGAGCCGGUUACUAGGUGCUGUCACCCACCCACUGGGGUAACUCCCUCCCCUGUAACCCAGCAGAGCAGCUCAGGGUGCUGGUUACUAGGUGCUGUCGCCCACCAUGGCGGUGGUGUAUGCCGACUUGAGGUUUGCACGGACCCCGGCACAGGAACCGCCUCACACAGACCUGUCCCAGAUAUACGGCGAGUGGGGAGUUACCUACGAGAAUGUGACGCCUCUGAGGGAACACGGAGAGGGGAGGAAGGAUUCCCACACCCCAGUCCUGCGCCGGUGGCUCAACAGAUUCUUGGCUCUUCACUCUCCGUACGUCACUGCCUGCCUGCUGCCCAUCUGCCUCGUCCUGCUGGGGGCGACUAUCAGACUGUCUGUGCGCUUGUCCCAGGUGUCCCAUCUCCAUGAGGAAACGGCUUCCCAGCUGGAGAAGCUGCAGGAGGAGCACAGGGACCUCAAUGCCACUCUGUUGGGCACCAUUGUAUGGAAAGAGCAUGAGCUGGAAGUGAAGGAGGAGAUUCUGAAACAGACAAGGGCAGAACUGGAGCAGACGCAGUACCUUCUUGGUAACAGUAGGGGGAGCAACACAGAGACGAACCAAAGGCUGGACACUGCAAUCAAACAGAAGAACAAGUUUCAGUCUGAUUUCAAUGUCUGCCAAGUGGAUUUGCAGAGAAAAGCAGCAGAACUGGAUCAGAACAGCAGGCAACUAACAAGUUGUCAGUGGUCCCUGGAUUCCUGCGCACAGGAGAAAAUAAACAUAAAUAAUAAUUACAGAAGGUUACAAAACUUUCUUUCUGACAAAACCAAAAAGCUGGAAGCAGCGCAGAAAACCUUGUCCGACACCCAAAGGGAAUUACUGACUGUCAGGAACGUCCUGAGAGAAACAGAGAGGAAUCUGGAGGAAACGAGGGAAAGCGACGCACAGAGAGGGAAGAAUCUCUCCGCUCUGCAGCAAAGAUGGAGUGAAGUUCAGCAAUGUGUCUCCUGUGAGAAUCACAAAAAUGGGGAGAGCGGAGCCUACGAUGAUCCAUUUGAUUACUGCCCAGAUGUCUGGGAGCAGAUUGGAGACCAGUGCUACUACUUCUCCAGUGAAUCCCAGUACAGACUGCAAAGUGAAACUGCCUGCCGGAGCUCCGGGGCCGUGUUGGCCAAACUAGAAGAAAGUGAUGACAUAUUAAAGAAAAUGAUUGCAAAGUCUUCUCGUUCUUAUUGGAUUGGCCUGAAGAAGGUAGAACACCAAGGCCAGACAAAUCUCUUUCGGUGGAGUGAUAAUUCCAGUCAGACUCUAGAGAGCUUACCAAAUCAAUUCUGUGCCAAGGCCACUCCGGAACUGAAGGCAGAAACCUGCUCCAAACUCUUGCCUUGGAUUUGUCAGAAGAAAACAGAACGUUGUCACGGCCAAAGGGAACUCUUACAGUGCUUUGGGGAAAAACUGGGGGUAUUUGGGAAGAGGAACCUCCCCGAGCUGAGAACUGAGCAGAACCCAAACACAACACCUGGGGCAAACACUGAAAUAGCCUAGUACAUACCUGUGACUUUAUUAUUUCCCAGUGAAUAUGCCAUUUUGGUUGCCCAGGUCUGCAAUGGGGUCUGUAUGUUCUCCCCAGGCCUUGGCUUCCAUUCUGCCCCAGGGCAAUAUCUGUUUUCCCUGUAUUUGGGGGGAGGGGUCAGUAGUUACAUGGAGUCUUGAUGUUCCGUGUUUGGUGGGCGGGGGCUUUUGGUUUUAUUUUGAUCAGGACAAAAUCUGCAUGAAGUCUGUAUGUUCUCUCUGGGAGGGUUGCAAAUGGGGUGUGGGGGGCCCAUUGGGUUUCAUUCAGUGUGUAUUUCACGGGUUUCCUCCCUGGAACGUAAAUGAGCCCCCGCAGGCCCCUAUUCUCCCUUGAUAUAAGUUUAACCCAUAAGGUACUAACCCAUAAGGUUAAUCAGGCCCCAGGCAAGCUCAGGCUGGCUACCAGCACUAUGAUGCCCUGGAGGGUCCCGCAGCCACGUGGCACUGCUACAUCAUCAUAUAGCAAAUCCUGUGGCCCCCCAGGUACCAUGGGACUUUGGCUGGCAAAGGAUGCUGGGAGCUGUAGGGCAACUGGAGACCUGCACACUGAGUAAUAUCUAUGCUAGUGGGAGAGGCAUGGGGCACACAAGCCCAAAUACCCUCUAACCAGUGACUCCCAGCUGCUCCCAGGCUUCAGGCAUCUGAGUAACAUCCCAUCUAAGUACCCUCUCUUGGCUAGAAAUGGCUGCCCAGCUAGAUCUGGGAUUCAGCAUCAGUUACAUUACACACAGGAUGGGCCGUCGCUAUGUGGAAGGGUAGAAGGGGAGAUGUAGUGCAACUACAACUGACUGAUGCUGUGUGAUAAAAUAAUAAAGGACUUCCGGAAGGUU